AUGGCGUCAAAAGGUUAUCCCAAGUGGUUAUUAAACUGUAAAGAAGAUAUUACGAAGUCAAAGGAGUGGAACUCAUUUCUGCAUGAACUUCAUGAUGCGAUUCAGCAGCAACUCACAGAGAGCCAUGUCCAGUAUUUCACCGACCUGUCUGAUGCAGAGAAAGAGUUGUUCAUGCAGAGGGCAACUAAAGCAAUUGAAGGAGGCAGUAUGUUUCGAACGUUGUUUGGCAAAGUUUCCACCCUGAUGGACCAGUACCUGAAUGAAGAUGUGGCCAGACAGUUGAUGGAGGAAUAUCCGCUGGAUACAAAAUCUGACCUGAUCAUUGAAGGGGCGGAAGAAGGCGCGGUCAGCUUGCUGCGACGAUGGCCGGAAAUGAAAGUGAAACUACACAUCUGUUUGAACCAGCCCCUCCCUGCAAAUAUCCGGGCACUUGGCUGGAGGCUGUACCUCAACAAUCCCAAAUUUCGUAAGACGUAUGUUGACAUCCUGAACGGCAAUCCGCGCAGUGCAAUAUCUCCACUAGAUCUGGAAAUUUCUCAGAAGUGUGAACAGUUACUGAACACAGAACCAACACUUUCAGAUCUCAAAGGCUCUGUUGGUGCAUUUUACGGCAUGAAGGCUGUGUUGUCGUACCACCACACGAGGAUGAGAACUAAGAGCAGGCUGCGAGACAUUGACUACAUGCUGGUCGUACCCUUCGUACUGGUGGCUCUUCCUAACCUCUCCAGGCGAGAACCAGCCCCUGGUAGAAUUGUUGCACAGAUGGUUGAAGAGUACUUAGUUUACUUGGAUUCAAGACCUGGAUAUGUCAUAGACUCUGGAUCUGAGAUGCACAAUGAGGAAAUGAAAGGAUUUGUCGACAAAGUUGGAGGUCACCUUCAAACUCUGUAUCCAGAUGUCAGCAGAAUGAUUUCUAAGACCUACGUCCCAGCCAAAGAGAAGAUAGUGGCCACUGAAAAAGGUUCCCAGGCACUGCUCAAUGAAGGACUGACCGGUCUCAUCAGACCACUCAUCAGAACUAUGUUUGUAGGUUAUCUGAAAAGCGAGACCUUGCUGUUUGUGUGGGACCAGUAUGUCAUUGGACUUGACGUAGCUGGGUUUUCUAACGAGUGGCUUGCGGUCAUCACAGCAACCAUCUUUGGUCUUCUGGCUGACAAGCUGCAGGAUGCCCAGAGUCCCUCAGCACUGGAGAAUGUUUUGAUGAAAGAGUGUCCACGUUUGACUGUAUCACAGUUUCAGUAUGAGAUAAAACGACACCACUAUCGUGAUUUGUAUGCAAUGCUGACACAUGACCAGAAAGCAGCAAUGCCAGUACUGGAUCCAACACAAGCUGAAAAUCCACCUUGGCGUCACUGGCACAAUGAUCUGAUACCUCCGUACACAAAACCGCAAGACAGACGCAAAGCGAGGGAGGAGAGAGAAGCAGAGAGAGAACGACUUCUUCAGCAGCAGAGAGAGGCAGAACAAGCUAAGAGAGAUCUUGAUGACAAAGAAAGAAAGGAGGAGGAGGAUGAGUACAUGCAGGUGGUUGCGGCGGAGAGAGCGAGACUGGAACAGGAGAGAAUACAGCUGGAGGACCAGCUUCACGAGGAAAGAAGGCGUCGUCUUGAAGCAGAGCAGAGAGCAGAGGAAGAACUUCAGAGGUUGCGCAUGGAAGUGGAAACCUUGAAGAGACAGAAACCUAAAUCCCCAGCACCUUCUGUUUAUAGUGUUGCAUCAUACAUGAGUCGUGUACUCUUGCCGCCACCACCGACCCCAGCCUCUCACAUUUCGAGUCUUCCAGUGAUCCAGGAAAUGCACACGCCAUCCCGACAACAAACACCCGCUGACCAGACGGACACGUUCAUGUUCGACUUCAUCAGGAGAAUGAGAAUCAGCAUGGACAAAAUUGCACAUGGCGAGGGAAGUGACAGUGAAGUGUUGAACCGAGCUACUGAAGGUUACGUCCGGCAAAACAUUGAGGACCUCAAGAAAGCACAGUAUGAAGUGUUUGGAAAGCGCCUGAAUCCCGGAGAGUUUGAGUUGAUGACACCACAGCAACAGCAGGAGGCCAGUGACAAGAUGAUGCAACUCAUUCAACGAUGGCGGGAAGACCGGAGGGCGGUCGAACUGGGAAUCUAGCAGUGAUGGGAGCCAUCAAACAUGGAGUCUGCGUUACAUUAACCAUGAGUGUUAUAUAGAUUACUACACGCACACGGCUUGGAAUAGGAAGUCAAAUAUGGCCUGCUGUUAUUAGUAUUUUUUAAAUAGCAGGCUGAAAGAAAUAUGGCCUGCUAAGAAAAAAGUAUGACCUGCUGGAAAUAAAACGGCACGGUGUGAGUUUUAGGUUUGAGACAGUGUGUGGAAAGUUAGGACCUCUGAGGUGUAUUUUAGAGCAUUAUAAAAUUAAAAUAUAACAGACUCUAUGAGCCUAGCCUCAGCUAAAUAGAAGAUGAGAUGAUCGUACAUACAUCUGUCUCUUGAAAAGGGAUCUUCAAUUUUUUUGUAAUUUUAGCAGGUGAAUUUUUAUUUCAUCUGCUAGGUUUAAAAAAUGGACUGUUAAUGCUUUUCACAGGCCUCUAUUUCAAGCCCUGAACGAAGUUUUGUUUCCCAUAGUAUCUGAUCUAAUGAAAGUGAGGUCAGACACAAACGAGUGUAGUAUUUUAUAUAUUACCCACCUUUAAGUAACAUAAAAUCCGACAGUUACUUCCAACAUUGAUCAGGUUGGUAAUAAAUAUUAAUUUAGUGUGGAUUUUAUCAGACGAAAUUCUCGUCAGUUUGAAAAAAGCUUGAAACACAGCUGGUAGAAUCCACAAGACUUGGAGUCUUAACAGUUAAAGUGACCAUUAAAAAAAAUGAAAUGGCAAAUAAUUAAUUUAAAGUGAAAAUAUAAUAGAGAUAGGAUUCCUAUUGGUUCUGAAAAACCUGGAACCCAACUAGGAAUUUGUAUAGUCGAAACCUAGUUAUAAAAAACACUCAAGGAACCUAUAAACAUGAUCUUUAAAACAGCAAGUGGUGUUUAGGUACAGGUAUAAAACAAAUACCUGUAUAUAUGUUUGCAGAAAGAACAUGUCUGAAUUUUCCUAUAAAAGAGAUGGUUGUUAAACAAGGUGUCCUUUACAACAGGUUGAACUUCAGUAAGGAAACCACACCGCAGCUGACAAGUUUGUUUUUUGUAAUUACUAUUACAUAUCAGCAUUUGGUGUACUUCCAUUCAUUACCAUAUAUAUACCUGAUAUUUCCAUUUCAAUAGAGGAUCAGACAACUUGGAUGUGAACUGGAGACAGUUUUAGAAGACAAUAACACUGAUAGGGACCAUAUUUACAGAAUAUAUUAUUCUAAAAGUCGCACACAGAUAGAGACACACACACACAAAUGCAUAUCCUUGCCAAAAGUGUAACAUGCGAAAUUGCAAAUUAUGUGGCCCUCCCACCAAUCAACUGUAAUUACACAUAGCUGAUUUACAUACUACCACUCUCCACAAUACACAACACCGACAACAUGCACCAAGAACAUAGUAUCAUAAAUAGUUUCUAAGCCACCAGGACAACAGUACCAUGUGUGAAGAGUAUAGGAUAUGGGUGAGGUGUAGAUAGCAGUCAGUAUAAUGUGCUUGGUGAUGGGGCAACUUUGUUUUGAAUAAAAUCAUUUCCUUUAGAUCCACACAUGUACUUAUGCCGUCACCGUUACCCGUUCAUAUAUCCUACACAGUCACACACACACAUAGCACACACAAAACAAAGAAACACAAAACAAAGACACACAAAACUCGCACCACACUGUUUGGAAGGAAGGAAAGAAAUGUUUUAUUUAACAGUGCACUCAACACAUUUUAUUUAUGGUUAUAUGGUGUCAGACAUAUGGUUAAGGACCACAAACAGAUACUGAGAGAGGAAACCCGCUGUUG